AUGCCCGAACGAUCAGACGUCCACUACUUCGGGGCUGGCCCAGCUCCCCUGCCCACCCCAGUCCUCCAAGAAGCCAGCAAAGUCCUACUCAACUACGACUCCACCGGCCUCGGCCUGACCGAAAUCUCCCACCGCUCGCCCGAAGCCAACGCCAUCCUGGCCCGCACCCAGACCGCCCUGCGACACCUCCUCGACAUCCCCACCUCCGACGGUCCCGAAGGCUACCAGAUCCUCUUCCUACAAGGCGGUGGGAGCGGCGAAUUCAGUGCUGUCGUGUACCAUAUGAUCUCCAUCUGGGUGGCGAAGCUGGCGAAGCAACGACAGCAGGGUUUAGAGCAGGAGGUGAAAAGGUUAAGGUUGGAUUAUCUCGUCACGGGAUCCUGGAGUUUGAAGGCGAGUCAGGAGGCGGCGAGAUUGGUGGGGAAGGAGUACGUGAAUGUUGUUACAGAUGCGAGGCACGGGGGGAAAUUCGGGGUGAUCCCGGCGGAGGGCGAGUGGAGUCGGACGAAGGCGGAGGAGGAUGUGGCAUUAACCUACUACUGCGACAACGAAACGGUCGACGGCGUGGAAUUCCCCACGGCCCCCUCAGGAAAGAACUUAGUAGCGGACAUGUCCUCCAACUUCCUCUCCCGCGCCGUCGACAUCAAACGCCACAUCGCCAUCUUCGGGGGGGCGCAAAAGAACAUCGGCACAACGGGAAUCACCAUCGCCAUCGUCUCCAACUCCAUCCUCCCGCCCCACGCCGAAAUGGCUGAUCCGGUCCUCUUACGAAAACUCGGGUUACCGAUCGGACCAGUAGUCCUAGACUGGCCGACGAUCGCAAAGAAUAAUAGUCUCUACAACACCCUCCCCAUCUUCGACGUCUGGAUCGCUGGACAGGUGAUACAGCGACUUCUCGAGCAAGCGCCUGAUGCGAAAAGCCCGCGGAUUAGUGUGCAGGAGGCUGAGUCGAAUGAGAAGGCUGGACUGCUUUAUGCGGUGCUGGAUGAGUUUCCGGGGAUGUAUCAGGUUGUGCCGGAUAAGAGUGUGAGGAGUAGGAUGAAUUUGUGCUUUAGGAUCAAGCAUGGGGAUGCGGAGGCCGAGAAGGCAUUCCUGAAGGGAGCGGAGGGGAGGGGUUUGUUGGGACUCAAGGGCCAUAGGAGUGUGGGCGGGAUUCGAGCGAGUAAUUACAAUGCUGUAAGUGUGCAGGCGGCGGAGAAGUUGGCGGAGUAUCUUAGGGAUUUUGCGGAGGGAAAGGUGUGA